AUGUCUGCACCGCCAGCUGGUUGGAGUACUACAGGAGGUGGUUAUGGCCCUCCCGGGGCUCCCGGAGGUGCCCCGAGCUACCCGGCUUAUCCUCCUGGUCCCGCUUAUCCAGGAUAUGGUCCGCCCGGCCAACAACAACCACAGUACGGUCAUCCGGGCCAACAACAACCACAGUACGGUCAUCCGGGCCAACAACAACCACAGUAUGGUCAUCCGGGCCAACAACAACCACAGUAUGGUCAUCCAGGCCAACAGCCGCCGUACGGUGCUGAUGUUUCCGCAAUCACGAUGGUGCCAACUUCUAGUCACUCGGGGAAUAUUCCUCGUGGACUCGAGUAUCUCACUGCGGUUGACCAGUUAUUGGUACACCAAAAAGUGGAGCUUCUGGAAGCAUUUGUGGGCUUCGAGUCGAAGAAUAAAUACACCGUGAAGAAUUCUUUGGGGCAGAAGGUAUAUUACGCCGUGGAGGAUUCCGAUUGCUUGACAAGAAAUUGUUGUGGCCCAUGGCGUCCUUUCGACAUGCGAAUCAUGGAUGCUAACAAGGAAGAGUUGAUCCACUUGAAUCGUCCACUGGCUUGUUCUUCGUGCUGGUUUCCGUGUUGCCUACAGAAAUUGGAAGUCACUUCCCCUCCUGGGACUCUCAUCGGGUCCAUCGAGCAAGAUUGGAGCAUCUUGUUCCCUCAGUUCUCCGUGAAAGACGCAUCUGGGAACACGAUCUUGAAGAUUGAAGGACCAUUGUGUACGUUUUCGCUCUGCGGAGACGUCGAAUUCACGGUUCGUUCUGCGGCGACAAACCAGAAAGUGGGGAAGAUCUCGAAACAAUGGACGGGAUUGUUGAAAGAAGCGUUUACUGACACGGAUAACUUCGGAGUUUCUUUCCCUAUGGACCUGGACGUGCGCAUGAAGGCGGUUAUGCUGGGAGCAGUUUUCCUAAUAGACUUCAUGUUCUUCGAGAAAGUCGGUGGAGACGAACGGGAUCGUCCGGGAAUGUUCUGAACCAAGGCCCUAACAAACGCCGACGUUUUCAGCUGAAAAUGCAGCUCCAAAUCGAAGGUAUCGGCAGAAUUUUCGGUCGCCAUUUUUUUUAUAUCAUCGUUUACCCAUAUUGUAUAGAAAUUCGGUUCAGGAAGAAUUAAAGUACCGCUGCGUAUCCGCGCUUAACGUCACACAGUGAGCUUAGUGUCUCAGCACUUGUGUUCUGUCUUACCACGAUGAUGCCGCUACGUGUGUGUAUUUCGACGGGUUUGUCCUACGUAUCGGAGAUUUUUUUUUUUCGGUAUUGAUGCGCAAAAACGAUAUUCGUCAUCUCGCACUUUCCGAUUGACUAAAUGUGAUGGACGAAAUGUUUCUCGUGAAACCAUGUUUCCAAUUUUGUGUUGCGGGACUAAAGUGAGUUCAAGUCGGGGCUGUUGGUGUACAAAGGGGGAGGGAGAAAAAAGAAAUUUUGAAUUGUAACGCGAAGAAUAUCAAGGCGUAUAGAGGUAAAAGAAUAAGCGUUUCGAAUGGUUCUAUGCUUGAACUCAGUCUGAGGGGGUUGUGACAUGGGAAGGGAGAAAAAUGUUUGCUUCCUGUUCCUCACCAAAAAACAUCCAUGAGUAAAGACCACAGUUCACUGGAAAUUUUAUGCUGGGUCGUUACUUCUUUCCUUUGCUUUUCAAUGUGGCCUGAAGAAAUAAAAUAUAUUGUUGACGCAUUAUUUUGGACAUGGAGAGCCUUUAUUUUGCUUCGCUCUCUGUGCACAUCGAACG